GUUGAUUGUAAACACAGGCAAUGGCAGGUGGUGUUACUCGUAGACUCUCUCGCGGGAUGUCACUUCAAAAGCGGACAAAGGAUUAAUAUCGCCGGAUCGUCUCAAGAUGUCAAUCAGGGUGUCUACGCGUUUCGACCAGCGGCUGCAUGCGGCUGCGGUGCGCGGCGACGUGGAGGAGGCGGUUCGGGUGCUCGACACGGGCCGGGUCCACGUCGACUGCGCCGACCGGGAUGGCACAACGCCGCUGAUCCUCGCCGCCGCCAACAGCCACGUGGCGCUCGUGAAGGAGCUGCUGGACCAGGGCGCCGAACCCAACGCCACCAGACACACGGGGACUGGGGCGCUGUUCUUCGCUGCUCAGGGCGGCUUCCUCGACAUCGUCACCAUCUUGCUCGACAAUGGCGCCAAAAUCAACCAGGCCUCGAAGGACGGCGGAACUGCUCUCAUCGUAGCAGCACAGUGCGGUCACCUGGACGUUGUGACCGAGCUGCUGAGACGCAACGCCGACCCCAACAGCGCCAUGAAGGACCGAGCCACCGCGGUCUUCGUCGCGGCGCAGAACGGCCACACCAGCGUCGCCAGGACUCUCCUCAACGCCGGGGCCAAGGCCAACGUGAGGCGGUUGGACGGCGCCAGCCCACUGUGGAUUGCGUCACAAAUGGGACAUCAAGGUGUUGUGCGUCUACUGCUGAGUCAUGGUGUCAAUCCAGAUAUCUGCAGACACGAUGGAGCAACACCUUUGUUCAAGGCUGCCCACAAGGGACAUGUGGAGGUUGUCCAUGAGCUGCUUCCCUAUAAGCCUUGUCUGGGUCUCUUAAGGAAUGGAGAAUCUGCUCUGCAUGCAGCAGCAUUGUAUGGUCAUGUCCGAGUCUUAAAGGCAUUGGUGCAAGCAGGUGCUGAUCCCGGCCUCAAGAAUGAUCAGGGUCUUACCCCAAUACAGAUUGCUGCUCAGGCUCGACACCCAGAGGCCGUCCAGCUACUGAAAGAUGCCCAGUCUAAAAGGAAAGAAGGAGCGCAAACACCACCCAAACAGACAUCACCUGGGCCACGAUCCCCUCGCCUUGUGCAGAGCAUGAGUGGCAAUGUUACCUCUGGGCUAGGGAGUCAGAGUAGCAGCCGAGGUUCUUCUCGAAAUAGUUCUUUAGGUACUAUCGUAGAAACCAGCCCAGUACUGCCGCGCUCUGUAAGCUCUCCAAGUAACUCGCGUCCUGCCCAGUAUGUUUCAUGUGAAUUGAGUAACAUUGUGGAUGGUGGAGCACGUCCAAGAUGCCAUGGAGAUGCGAAAGAGCCAGCUAGCUGUGUUGACCGGGCUUGUCCUCGUGGUCCAGCUGGGGUGCGACGCGAAGCCCCAGUCCGUCCAGGUCAACAACCAGGCCCUGUUCACCCUGGGGGCGGUGGCGCUCGCGGCCGGCCUGGGGUACCAUUUCGGCCAGAAGAACUCCAACAACCGCAGGCCGCAGAGCCAGUUCGGGAACCAAGGCUUUGUCCCAGGAUUCUUCCGUCGACGUCGUCAGGCAGAGCCAGAGAAUGAGUUGGAUCCCCUGGUAACGAAGCUAUUCAAGAUGGCUUUGGACAAGGAUUCGAACAACUGCAGUCUCCGGCUAACCUGCAAGAUCGGCACCAAGCCCCUGGCAUCCCUCAGCGGUCACGCCAGGAACCUC